AUGUCCCAAGAAUUUGAGUACGUAAUUCCCCCUUGGGAAGCGGAAGCGAUAAUAAAAUAUCUAUCAGUCUCGAAUCUCGAGGAAAUAGGAACCAAGACCUGGUUCGAGUACCACAAAAAGCUGAUGCACUUGAAUCAGCAGAGUAUCUUAGAAAUCAAACACAUGCGCGAGGAGACAAUAAAAGAAUGGUUCGUAACUUUCCAAAAGAUUCCCAUUUUGAUUUACGAGGCCAUACAAAUUUCUGUUUGGAAACUUAAAAUAUUUCCGCGCCUAGAUGAUGACCAAGAGCCGUCGAAUACUUUCAUGCUCUACAGCGUUUUUUAUCACGAGACAAUCGCAGUUUCGCUUAUGGAAAAUAUUCUGUAUCAUUGCGAUAGUGUAGAGUCGCUCGAUGAUUCAGCUCUUGAUUUAAUUGACUACGCAAUUGAUUACAUAACUGGUAUCAUUUUUACUAAAGAGCCAGAUGGAGAUAAAACUGAGCAAGAUGUUGAGUCUUGUCUAGGAGAAUUGCUCAAGAAAAAAAAAGAAAUAGAAUUUGAUAUCGGUAUGAAAUGUAUCUCAAUAAUUGGGUAUGUGUCGAGUUUUACUGACAGCUUACCUCUGUCUACUUUAAAACGUUUGCUGUCAACGCACGACGUUCCUUAUUUGUUUGCUCAACUGAUUGAAUUGCAUCCGUGGGAAAAAAAAAUCAACGGGGUCCAAAUGAUUUAUUCCUCAUCCUGGGAAAAAGUUAAAGCGGGGGAGGAAGACAAAGUUUGCAAAGUCGAGGGCCAAGUUUGGUUUGGACUUCGUGAGCUUCUUCUAAAUCCAAAGUCCGCGAGUUACUACCAAGUAACUGAGUUCAGAAUGUCAGCGCUGACUAAAUUGCAAAAGUAUUUGCAUGAGCAAGUGCUGGACCAAAUCGCUCCAUUGAUUGAUUUGCGCAGAUGGUUGAGUUGUUUGAAUAUCAGUUCACAGAUUCCUGAGCCCAAGCCUGGUAUCUGCGUUGAAAUCAUUCCUCAAAUCAGGUCUUCUAUUGUCGAUAAGUAUAGGAAAGAAUGGAAAAAAAUAGCAAGACAACAAUCGGAAUAUUUUUUUAAUAAAAAUACUGAAUAUGUUCAAAACAUGGCGGUCAUUUUAAGCGAGGCUUAUGAUCUUGAUAAAAUGGUUAUCGAUGAUUAUAAAUGUGUCGUCUGUAAUGAUAUCGCUACUAAACGAUGCUCGAAAUGUAAAAGUAUUUGGUACUGUGGAAGAGAAUGUCAAGUUAAAGACUGGACAAAUCACAAAAAUAUUUGUGAAAAAAUAAUAAGAGCUCGCGAUUAA